AGCUUGAUUCUUUAUUAGCUUCAACAUAGUUCAACAUUCAACAUUCAAUAUUCAGGUUCCGUUACACUGCGCCAGGCCUUGAAUUUAAGCACACAAACUAAGCAGCCAUAAAUUACUUGUGCCUCUAGCCUUAGCUUGUCUUGCCUCAGUCUACCCAGGUCUGGGGCCUGGGGGAGACCUGGGGGAGACCAGGACACCUCGAAGAGAUGACGUAACUUCCGAACUUUCGGCGGGAUUGAAGAACAAAACCGUAUCGAUUUUGGAUCUCCUUUGAUCAUUAAAUUUUCUCUACAUGGUUGAGGUCAAAAACAAAGUCUGUCUUAUUGUUCAUGAUGGAUGGGGUAUUGCGGCGAAGCCUGGCCUGGAAGGAAACGCCAUCGAGGCGGGCACGACGACCAACAUGGACACUAUUGCCAAAGAACACAGUUUUCGCAAGCUGGCUGCUCAUGGUACGGCUGUUGGACUGAGUGAAGGGUUAAUGGGUAACUCUGAAGUCGGUCAUUUAAACAUUGGGGCUGGCCGUAUCGUCUGGCAGGACAUUGUCAGGAUCGAUGUUUCGAUCAAGAAGAAAGAGUUUCAUAAGAAUCCGCAAAUUCUCGAAAGCAUGAAGAGGGCAAAGGAGGGUAAUGGUAGAUUACAUCUUCUUGGUUUGAUUUCCGACGGUGGUGUCCACUCUCACAUUCAUCAUCUCUUCGCUCUCCUCGAAACCGCCAAAGAAGAAGGCGUCCCACACACGUAUGUCCACUUCUUUGGUGAUGGUCGUGACACUGCACCUCGUUCUGCCGCUGGAUACUGUGAGCAACUACUCGAGUUCAUGAAAAAGGAAGAAUACGGAGAAUUGGCGACAAUUGUGGGACGGUACUAUGCUAUGGACCGAGAUAAGCGUUGGGAGAGGGUCAAGGUUGCAAUAGACGGUCUAGUUGAUGGGGAAGGCGAGAAACUAGUCGACACAAAGACUUUUGUUCUGGACGCUAUCAAAGGAAAUUAUGAGAAAGAUGUCACAGAUGAGUUUUUGAAGCCGAUCAUCGUAAACGGUGACGAGGGACGGAUAAAAGAUGGCGACACCCUCUUCCUCUUCAACUACAGAUCCGACAGAAUGCGUGAAAUCGCCACCGUUCUUGGGUCUUUGGACAAGCCAAUGGAAGUGAAUAUCCCCAAGGAUCUGCACAUUACUACUAUGUCACAGUACAACUCUGAAUUCCCGUUCCCUGUCGCAUUCCCUCCUCAAGUAAUGACCAACGUCCUGGCUGAGACCCUUGCCUCCCAAGGUGUUAAUCAGGCUCACAUUGCCGAAACCGAAAAAUACGCCCACGUAACGUUCUUCUUCAACGGUGGCCUUGAAAAGCAAUUCAAAAACGAAGAACGACAUAUGAUUCCUUCCCCCAAAGUACCUACUUACGACAAAGAUCCGAAGAUGUCCGUCAAAGACGUAGCUAACAAAGUCGCUGAAGUGGUCCGUGAAUCAAAACACGAAUUCGUCAUGUGUAAUUUCGCUCCUCCUGAUAUGGUCGGACAUACUGGGGUGUUCGACGCCGCUGUCGAAGCUAUCUCUCAUACGGACGAGGCAGUGGGGACUGUGUACAAGGCAUGUCAAGAUGCAGGGUAUAUACUUUUGAUCACGGCGGAUCAUGGUAAUGCGGAGCAGAUGAAGAAUCUGGAGACUGGGGCUCCGCAUACGGCGCAUACGACGAAUGCGGUUCCUUUUAUUAUGACCGGGGAUACGGAGAAGUUCAAGUUUACGGAGGAUAAGGAUGAUGGAGAGCAGGAGCCUGGAGCGUUGUGUGAUGUUGCGCCAACAGUCUUGGAUCUAUUGGGGCUGGAGCAGCCGAAAGAAAUGUCCGGACGGUCACUACUUGCGAAGGUUUAAGAUUUAGAUACUCUCUAGACUGCUUGAAUGAUCCCAAUUUUUACACGAAGUACUUUGAGGAUAUCGGAUUCUCUAUUCAUCAAGACGCACUACUGGUUCAUUU